ACGUCGCUUGCCCUAGCAGCUCGUACUGUAGCUCAGCGCUACAACAAACACACAUUCCCUAUCAACCGAUCCUUAUCACCCCUCUUUUGAAGGCUGCCUUGCCAUUCGCCGCACACUCCCCAUGCAACCACCAGUAGUUUCACUCUCUCUCUCCUGGUUUCCUGGUGUGGCCUGUACCAUAGAAGGUGUCGAGAUGUCGCCAGGCCUUUCUGUGGCUCCACGUCAUGUCGCCCUAGAGCUGUCGUUCGGCAUUCCCUGGGUUAGUCCUCUAGCCGCGUCGGUAGUUAGAGCAUGAGGAUCAGCAAUCGGCAUGUAGGAAUAAGGUCAGGAUUUAGGGAGCGGAGCGGAAGUAGCCUCUCUGCCAACGACUAAAUUUGGCGUCGUGAGAAGUAGCUUUUCUACUAAAUAAAAACCGCGUUUCUACUAAAUAAAAAACGUGUGAUAAUAAUAUCGUCUUCACACGUUUGAAACAGUGGACAUUUUAGCACUCCGGAUCGCGUCAGUUCGACACAAUGGGGAACCUAGAACCGCUUCUCGUCGUUCCCUCGCCUAAGACCGACGCGACGCGGUCGUCAACUCAAGCCUUACAUGCGAUAACGCUCUCAUGUGGAUCUCUCGCAAAGGCGUCGUCUCCCAGCCGUCCCCUCCGGGCGUUCGUGUCGCUCAUCGUGCUUUCCGCCAUGCUCCUCGUCGUAUUCUUCUUCAACUAUGCCUUUAUCGCGUCUAGCGUGUCCCCGUUAGUGACUUUCCUUGAUAAAGCAACGGAUUUAGAAGGUCCCGAGAAGGCCGGCGCGUCUUAUUUAGGGAACGUGAUGGUCGAGUAUGGUCGGAAGAAGCAACCGCUGCCGAAACAGCAGGGCGAACACGCAUCCACGCAGCAGCAGCAACAGCUGCAGCAGCAGCAGCAACAGCGGGGGUGGAGGAGGAAACAACCCGGAAGGAUCGCGUUCCUGUUCAUGACACGUGGCCCUCUGCCGCUCGCGCCCCUGUGGGAGAGAUUCUUCAAGGGCCACGAGGGGCGCUUCUCCAUCUACGUCCACGCGGCGGACCUCUCCUUCCGCUUCCCCCGCAACUUCUCCGCGCUCUUCCGCGACCGCAUCAUCCGCAGCGGCAAGGUGGCAUGGGGCGAGAUGUCCAUGGUGGACGCGGAGCGGCGGCUGCUGACAGCGGCCCUCAAGGAGCGAACCAACCAACACUUCGUGCUCGUGUCCGAGGCGUGCAUCCCCCUGUGGGACUUCGACACCAUCGCCACGUACAUCAACUCCACCUCCUCCUCCUUCGUUGACGCGUACCGCGACCCGUACAACAAGUCGUUUGAGCGGUACUUGUGGCACAUCUACAUGCCCACUAUAAGAAGACGGGACUUCGUUAAAGGCAACCAGUGGUUCAUCCUGCAGCGGCGCCACGCGCAGAUGGUGGUGACGGACAAGGACCACUAUGAUGCGCACAACCGCACAUGCGCGUUUCGAAUACAAUGGGGGCGGUAUUGCUGUGCCGACGAGCACUACAUACAGACGCUGCUGCAUGUGAAGGACCCCCACGGCAUCUCGUAUUACCCCACCACCUUCACGGACUGGCGGCUCAACCAGUACCACCCCAUGCUCUACCACCGCCAAAACCUCACUGCCAACAUGGUCACGCUCAUGAAGACCACUCAGCAGUACAUUCAGUUCCGGUCCUUCUGGCGGGACUUAAAGAGUAACUACACUCACAUAUUAAACAAGUCAGCUCCUCAGCCCCCCAAGACGAUUGAAAAUGGAUUUUGUGUUUUGCAAGGGAAGCCCCGCAAUUGCUUUCUGUUCGCACGGAAGUUUCACAAGUCUUCACUUCAUUUUUUCCAAAAGAGAUCCAAAGAACUACUAGGGUUCUAAUAAGACCCAUCAAUGACCUUGUUGGGCCUAAUUGUUGUGCUCAUGGUUAGAAUGUACGUCAUAACGUUUAUGCUAUAUUACAAAGUUAAGGCCUGGCUU